AUGGCAGUUUUGCUACCAGCUUUUCUAACACUUGCAUUGGUUUUGCUGGUAAACAAAGCUCAAUCUCUAGAGCUGCAUUUCUACAGAAAUUCAUGCCCACAAGCUGAACUGCUGGUCAAGAGAAUACUGCAGCAACAUUUCAGCACUGACCCAUCUCUACCAGCUGGCCUUCUUCGACUCCAUUUCCAUGACUGCUUCAUUAGAGGUUGUGAUGGAUCUAUUCUGAUAGACAGUACUGAUGCAAAUGUAGCAGAAAAAGAAGCUCCACCUAAUCUAACCUUUAAAGGAUUUGAGGUCAUCGAUGAGAUAAAGGUGGAAUUGGAGAAGCAAUGCAAAAGGAUUGUUUCUUGUGCAGACAUAUUAGCACUAGCCGCCCGGGAUGGUGUUGCAUUUGCUGGAGGAGCAGCUUAUGCCCUGCCGACGGGGCGCCCUUCUUCCUCUGCUGCUGAUGCUCUGAAAGCUUUCCAGAACAUUAGUCUUGACAUAGAUGACCUCACAACUUUACUAGGAAAAACUUACAUACCAAACAUCAAUAUUAGCACUGAUCCAAAAGUGUUCAUGAACCCAACCACCAGUACACCCUUCGAAUUAGACCCUUCUUUUUACCAAGGAGUGCUGAAUGAGGAAGCGGUUCUUAGUUUGGAUCAAGAGCUUGCAUUCACUGAUGUUACUCGAACGAUUGUUUCGGAGUACGUGGCCGGACCCAAGGUGUUUCGGAGGAAAUUUGCGAAGGCGAUGAUCAAGCUUGGUGGAUACACAAUCGGGAUUUCUCAUUGCUCAUCCUUCAAUAAUCGUCUCUACAACUUCACUGGAAAAGGCGACACUGAUCCCACUUUUGAUCCAAACUACAUAGCACAUCUGAAGUUGAAAUGCAAACCAGGAGACCAAAACUCAAUCGUAGAGAUGGAUACCGGAAGCUUCAAGAUGUUCGACGAAGACUACUUCACACUCGUAGCAAAAAGAAGGGGACUUUUUCAGUCUGAUGGAAUCACGGAGCUUUACUCGAAGAUACUGAAACAAAAGCUAAUGUCAGGCGGCCGGAGACAGGGUUGUACCAUAUCGAAUCAAAAACCACAUUCGCAUAUUGGUUGUACUCGUGAACAUGAGCUGCAAAGCCCAAUCCAUAUCCAAAAGGGCUAUCUCUUCAUUUUCUACCAGUCUAAUAACGAUGGUCAAUUACAUCUUCAAAUAAAAGAGGAGCACAGCCUAACCGGGAUGGAUUUUGGGUGUUGUGGACCUGAUGCAACUGGGUCUACUGGUCAGGACAGUGGGCAUUUUAAGUUGAUUGCUUUGGGUUUCUGA